AUGUGUCCUGCGCCCCCUCCCCUGGUGGCCGGCGUGCAUCCUGUUCUUGUUUUCGCAUCGUUCAUCAAUCAGCUGACGGAGAUAUUUCGGCACCAGUGCGAUGAGCAGCGCCCCUCGUGUCGCAACUGUCUCAGGCGCGGCGUAGAUUGCCAGUUCCUGGCCGAGUCGGGAGUGUGUCCCAACUUCCUCAACCAGAAUGAGUCGGCUCUAGCGUUGAACAUGCUUGACCUCAAACUCAUGCACCAUUUCAGCACCUCCACGUACGCCACCCUCUUCUCUUCUCGCACAGUCCGACACUUUUGGCGUGGCGAAGCCGUCCAAAGCGCUCUCAAGUACGACUAUGUCAUGCGAGCUAUGCUGGCCGUCUCGGCGCUGCACCUCGCCCACCACUCACCAGAGAAGCGGGAGCAGUACAUCUCUACCGCGCUGACCUACCACCGGUUGGCGUCCAGGGAAGCAAUGAGUCUAAUGUCCGACGUUGACGAGGAGCAUGCAGGCAGCCUAUUCCUCUUUUCUGUCCUGACCAUAUUUUUCGCGCUGGGCGGCCCGAGCCAGCCGUCGGAUGGCCUACUUCUCUUUGGUGAGAGCAGCUUUCCGGAAUGGCUGUUUCUUCUUCAAUGGACAAAGUCCCUCAUCGAGAUGCUAGGCCCGCCGGGGAGUCGCGGUCCAGUGGAACCAUUCCUCGCGCACGCAAGGCAGUCGCCGCUCUGGAAGGACCCCCGGCCGGAAACGGGGGAUGCAUCGGACAUGAUGGAUGCCAUGGCCGAGCUUGAGAUGCUCGUAUGCUCGACUGUCGACGAUUCUGAGACGCUGCGCAUUUACAAAUACGCCAUCAAGGAACUGCGCAUGGUCGCCUUGGUGUUCCUGAAGGAGUCGCAGGCCGACAUCACCGACGCAUUCACAUGGAUCUACCUGGUCUUGGACGACUUUCUUCCGCUGCUCAAAGUGCCAACCCAAGAGGCCAUUGCCAUUUUUUCAUACUUUUGCGUCUUGCUGAAGAAGCUCGACAUGCACUGGUGGAUACGGGGCUGGGGUGACCGACUCAUCCGCAGAGCCCACGAUAUGCUCGACAGUGAACACAAGUCUUGGAUAGCCUGGCCCGUGGAGGAAAUAGGAUGCGUAUUAUCAACAUAG